AUUACUCUCAAUUUCUGAUGUGUGAAUCGAAUGAAAGUGUUUGCAAUAAGCAAGGAAAAGGGAGGACAAGCAGCUGUGGUAAGGGAGCUGAGACUGAGCUAUUGGCAGAUCGAACAUGUUAAAAGGAUUGAAUCCGAACCCCGACUAUCUUCACAUGUGUCCGAUGUACUAAAAGUUGAACAUUUAAAUGAUCAACGAAGCAGAACUCUUUAAUUUUGUGUUGUAUUAAUCAAUCAGUUGAACUAUAUGGAGCGAGAGAGCAAUGAUUUACUCAUGUGGGUGGGUGUUGCAGAGCUAUUUGCAGAAUAUGUCACACACACGUUUGGGGGGUGUUGGGUAGAGGGGUAGGGGUAGGGGUGAGGGUGAGGGAGGGGUAUUAGUGGAGAGUGUUAGACAGUAAGCAAAAGCCCUUACUGAGUUUGGGAAUUGUUGAAACACAGUAAGCAAAAGCCUGCAAGAGAAUCUGACCCCUAAACAUGGCAACACAGAGGAACUGACCCUCACNCCCCCCCCCCCCCUUAAUUUUACACUUUACCCACUUCACACACUUGCAUAUUAUUACUCUCUCUCUCUCUCUCUCUUCUCUCUCGUGUGCUCUUCACCUUUUGCAGAAAUCUUGGUGAACCAGAAAGCUAGGGAGGAGAAGCAGAUCAGAGCAGAUUAUAUAUUAUGGUUCGUUCUGCAGUAGAUCUGGUGCUUGCAUGGAUAGUAUAGGGGACCGGGGAUAAUGUGAUGCAACAAAACCAGAAUAAUCUCAGAGAAUCCAUUCAUUAUUCUUCUUCUUCGAUCUUCUUCUCAUCAUAUCAUCAAAGUACAGUACAGUUCUCCCCCCACUGCCUCCUCCAUAUGUUCAUGGAGUUCACUUUCAAGAUUAUCACCAAAACAACCUUUCUGCUUUCUCUCACUCUCUUCUUCUCCCUUUAUGCACUCUCCACCACUCAACACCCCCUGGAAACCACACCUCGGCCAUUUGCUGGACAAGUUGAGUUUUACUUCCAGAUAAUGAAGAAAACCGGCGAGAAGUUGAGCGUCGGCGGCGGAGCAAGGAGGAUGCUGGGUGGGCCAGGGUCGUCUCCGCCGCGGUGCACGUCAAAAUGCGGGAGGUGCACGCCAUGCAAGCCAGUGCACGUGCCUGUGCCGCCCGGAACGCCGGUCACGGCAGAGUACUACCCUGAAGCUUGGAGGUGCAAAUGUGGCAACAAGUUGUACAUGCCCUGAUGCCCUUAUCCAUUAUAUAUAUAUAUUUAGAUCCAUAAAUCAAACAACAUCAACAUAUAUCAUCAUUAAAUAUUACUAGUUUAUCAAUCUCUCUUUUUUUUUUUUUUCUUUUAAUUUUAUGGAUUGCAUUUUCUUAUGACGUGGAGGGCUUUUGGGGAAGUGACCGGAACACCACCGAUUCACCGGGCUUAGGUUCAUAGGUUGCGGCGGCGAUCCGAUGCGCCAGUCUGCAUCGCUGAAACGGUGAUUUGUUAAGGUUUUUAUUUAGCGUACAGUACAAACUAUCAUCAGUGAACAUACCUGAUCAUGUCCUUGUAAAGUUUACCACAAUUUCCAAACUUUUUUUAUGUGUGUAAAUAAAUUAAUAAAUUAUGGUAGAGAUUAAUUA